AAACGUCAAUUGCGAAAGUAUUUUAGCCGACUGAACACCGAGCACUUGCAUUUAUUGGACAAGAUUGUGUUGUUUUAGUUAUUUCACAGUGAAACAAAAGUUGUAAUUUUCUUAAUUAAAAUUUCAACCAGACUUUAAGAGAACAAAAUGCGUCAAUUUGUCAGUGCUUUGUUGAUUUCCUUGUUUGUGGUCUCCGCCUAUGGCAGUUCGUGUACUAGCCCAAAAGCCACGGUGACAUCUUUCAGCACCCAAGAUGCCACAAUUCUGACACAGUUGGCUCAUGUCGGUGAAUUCAAUUUGAAAUGUGGCAAUGGAGCCAAGCCCAAUCUGUUCGCAGAGUUCCCAUGCGGUAAAGUUGUGCCCGUAGCCCAAGUUGGUGAUGAAAAAUAUCAAGUCAGCUGGACUGAGGAAAUCAAAAAGGGUUCCAGUGGCAAUGUAGUGGUUAGACUUUUCGAUGAAGAUGGUUAUGCUAACUUGCGCAAGGUUCAACGUGACGGUGGCAAAGUCGCCAAUGUCAAGUCAUUGGUUGACAUCACCAUCAGCACCAAGGGUGCCUACAAGGGUCCUUGGGUUAAGGCUGAGCUGGUAGCUGCUUUAAUUGUGGCUGGUGUUGCCUACUUUGCUGUCACCACCAAAGCCAAGGUUCAACUGUAAAAUGCUGUGGUCAUGUUCUAGCUUUUAUUAAAGAUUGUUUUCCAUUGAGAGAGAUAGAUGCAACAUGUACUAUUUAAUUUAAAUUGAAUGAAAUUCAUUCACCUUAAUGACAUUGACAUUAUAUUUCGAUAAACUUCAUCAUCAACAAAGAAAUUAAAACCAGAAACCUCUUACAUUUCUAGAAAAUUUGAGUA